UGACGAUGACAUAACAACAUUUCCAUCUUUUGAUCAAAGAACAAAAAUUUAAAAAUGAAGUUCAGUCUCUUGACCCUUGCCGCCACCGUCGCCACUUCUAGUGCCUUCGCCGUAAGUUUUUCAAGUAAUAAAAGUCAUUGCAGCGGGAAACAAACUGUUUGGCCAUUGCCUGAAACAUGUGUUGCAGCAUCUCUCUUACCAUGCUCUGUCCGUUCUCAACACGAUCGACGAAUAUCUCAUAAUCUGAAAAAUUCAGCCUGCGGCUACCACUCGUUCCACUACUGCCUUGAAUGUUUGGGGAGACAAGGACUAUUUGAUCGCUCCUUCGAUCCUUUCUGCUGAUUUCGCCAGACUUGGUGAAGAAGUCGACAAUGUGUUGGAAGCCGGAGCUGAUGUUGUCCACUUCGACGUCAUGGACAACCACUACGUCCCUAACUUGACUAUUGGACCUAUGGUUUGCAAGGCCCUUCGUGAUCACGGUGUUACUGCCCCCAUUGAUGUCCAUCUCAUGGUCUCCCCUGUCGACGAAUCUAUUAAUGAGUUCAUCUCAGCCGGAGCUUCUUAUAUCACCUUCCACCCUGAGGCCACCUCGCAUGUUGACCGAUCCCUUCAGUUGAUCAAGAACGGAGGCUGCAAGGCUGGACUUGUUUUCAACCCUGCUACUUCUCUCGAUGCUGCGAAGUACGUCAUGGACAAGCUUGACAUCAUCCUUCUCAUGUCUGUCAACCCUGGAUUCGGAGGACAAGCCUUCAUCCCUGCCGUCCUCGAUAAGGCCCGAGAAGCCCGAAAAUUGAUCGACGACAACAAUCUCGACUGCCGUUUGGAAAUUGAUGGAGGAGUCAAGGUUGACAACAUCAAGGAAGUCGCCGAGGCUGGAGUUGACAUGAUGGUUGCCGGAUCUGCUAUCCUCAAGGAACCUCGUACUGUCGAAGCUUACAAAGAAACCAUCGAUGCUAUGCGAGAACAACUAGCUGCUGCAGAGAAAUAAAUGAUCACAAACCUGAUGCGGUCACAACUUUUCAAACUCUGCUACACAUCGCACAUUUUCUAGAAAAAUAAUUUCUUUGUAAAUUAAAAUCAUCGCCAAUGCGAACAAUCUAAUCUAGUACCAAUUGAAAGCAUUCAUUCUCGUAUUGGGAAUAAGAAUUUUCCAAAGUGUACCAAGAAGCUUAUUUUGGAAAACAAUAACAUCCAGUCGUGGCGAACGAAUCAGACGGAUAGUUUCGUCUAUUACCUGUGAAACUGAUCUAGCUCUUGUCUGCUCGAAACCACUGAAAUUGCGUAUAUGAUUUUACCGCCGAGUCCUUUUUGGUAGAUGUGGAAUUCGGGAUGAUUACGCGAAAAUCAACAUUUUGUUUCAUCCCUUCGGACAUUUUCUUGACUUCGUCAGACUACGAUGUAGUCUAUUUCUGCGUCUACGUUUGUGACAUUUCAGUUGAAGAAGGAAAUCCAGUAAUUGCUUCAAUCAGUCUGGGUGAAUUAACUGUGCGAUUGGACGUUUUGAAAUGCAAAGCGAUCAUUUUAUCUCCAGGUACUAUGAAAGUUGUAGAACGAAAACAGGAAAAAUUUAAAAUUCACUUUUGUGUCUUGAAACAUGAAUGCAUCUGUUCUUAGAUACAGAGGCGACAUUUGUUCGUUGCAUCCAUGCAUCGAGCAAUACCAUAUGCCUCGAAUUAUUUUUAUUCGUUCCCACCCACCCAUCCACUUUUUGAUCCGAAUAAGACUAGUGGUAGCAAUACUGAAUGCUCUUCGACAGGUGUGUUGUUCAACAUGCAACUCGCCCAAAGUACAUCUUUUUGGCGCUUUAAACAGUACGUUCACAGUAUCAAAUGCAACUUCAAAAUGAAAUUUUUCCUCAUCCAGUAGUCAUCUGCCAGCUUCAUUUCGAUUUUCCUUGUCACGAUGAAGAUCGCGCACAAUACUUGACACAACUUGCGAUGCACAUUGUCUGGAAUCUAAAACAAGCAGAAAAUACUGGUUUUAACAUAGUGCAAAUAGCUCUGGCAACCAUUUGCAGGCCCAACGUUCCCCCCGGCAAAAAGCUC